CUGCUGCAGGCGGGGCAGAGUGUGAAUUCAGGAAAUUGAAACUAACCCUGAUCUACUGCCCAGAGGGAGCCAUGGCUGCAGAGAACCCCGUGGAAAGUCUCCAGGAGGAAGCGACAUGUCCCAUCUGUCUGGAAUAUUUCACAGAACCAGUCAGUCUGGAGUGUGGGCACAAUUUCUGCCGAGCCUGCAUCAGCCAGUGCUGGGAGGGAUCCGAUACAGCCGACUCCUGCCCUCAGUGCAGAGAAACUGUACAACAGGGAAACCUCAGGCCCAACAGGCAGCUGGCAAAUGUCGUAGAACUCGUCAAGCAGUUGAGUUUACAGGCAGCAAAGGGAAGUGGAGGGGACGGGGUGUGUGGGGAACACCAGGAGGCUCUGAAACUGUUCUGUGAGGAGGAUCAAACCCCCAUCUGUGUGGUGUGCGACAGAUCCCGGACUCACCGCGCUCACACAGUGGUUCCCAUCCAGGAGGCUGCACAGGAGUACAAGGAAAGAAUCCAGGCCCACUUGAAAACUCUGAGGGAAGACAGAGAAAAGCUGCUGGGAUUGAAAGCGACAGGAGAGAGGAAUUGCCGGGAAUAUCUGAAACAAACACAAACCGAGAGGCAGAAGAUUGUGUCUGAAUUUCAGCAAUUGCAGCAGUUCCUGGAGGAACAAGAGCGACUUCUGCUGGCCCAGCUGGAGAAGCUGGACAAGGAGAUUGUGAGGAUCCAGAAUGAAAAUCUCAGUAAACUCUCCGAGCAGAUUUCCUGUCUGAGUGAGCUGAUCAGUGAGCUGGAGGGGAAGUGUCAGAAGCCAGCGAGUGAAUUCCUACAGGAUGUCAGAACCACCUUGAGCAGGUCUGAGAAGGUGAAGUUCCAGCAGCCAGAAGAGAUUUCUCCUGAAGUGGAAGAGCGAGUCAGUGAUUUCUCCCAGAAAAUGAUUCUGCUAUUGGACAUUCUGGGGAAGUUCAAAGACACUCUGCCGUCUGAAUUGGAGAGAAAAAGAGGAGAAUUCUUUGGAGCACACAGACAGGUGAAUGUGACUCUGGAUCCAGACACGGCUCAUCCCAAACUCGUCCUGUCUGAGGAUCGGAAAAGUGUGAGACGGGGAGACACGUGGCAGCGACUGCCCGACAACCCUGAGAGAUUUGACACUGUGUUGUGUGUGCUGGGCUGUGAGGGAUUCACCUCGGGGAGACAUUGCUGGGAGGUGGAGGUGAGGGCUGGGCAAUACUGGGCUGUGGGGGUGGCCAGAGAGUCUGUGGGGAGGAAGGGACGGAUCAGCCCUAGCCCUGAGGGGGGGAUCUGGGCUGUGCAGCACUGGCUGGGUCAGUUCCAGGCUCUCACCUCCCCCGUGACCCCCCUGCCCCUGAGCCGGGCCCCCAGCAGGAUCCGGGUUUGUCUGGACUGUGACCGGGGGCAGGUGACAUUUAUCAAUGCUGGUGACGAGGCCCCGAUCUUCACUUUCCCGCCGGGCUCCAUCCCUGGGGAGAGAAUCCGACCCUGGCUCGGGGUGGGGCCAGGAUCCCGGCUCAGACUGUGUCCCUGAGACACACAGCAGAGGCAGGAACCGGAAAUCAGCCUCUCUAGCCUCAUUGACCCCAGUCUCUAUGACCCUGAAGGACUCCCAUCUACCCAGCCUCUGGCUCCUCAUCUCUAUGGCCGCUGGAAGCACCUCCCCCGCCCUCUCUGCAGCCUCAGGAUAAGAUCAGGGAAAGAAGAGAGCAGCGGAGGGGGAUGAUCUGUGACGGGGAGGAGAGACACAGGGAAAUAAACGGGUGGGAAGUGAGGCUAGAACAAUGAUGACUAGAAAAGGACAGUACGAAAGGAAAGGGAACAUGAGCGGGACGGGGAGAUUUAUUACAUGUUUAUGAAAGUGAGACUGUAACUCAUUAAUUCCCUAUAUUAAUUCCUGGUCAUUGGUGCAAUUUUAGUGCCAUAAAGAAAACUGUUCUCAGUAGCUGGGGAUCUCCUGGCCAUGCUGUGGUUAUUAAAGCUCCUUCUUAGCUCCUUUUACUUUGCUACUUUCCAGCAACUUACUGUAAAUAAAACAUUACAAACAAUAA